AUGGUCACGCCCUUCCUUCCUGCUGCCGCCAUCUUGGAUGAGGGCGGAAGCGGCAGCGGCCUGAGAUGACCAUUCACAACCUGUACAUCUUCGACCGGAGCGGGACGUGCCUGCACUACAGUGAAUGGCACCGGCGGCGGCAGGCCGGGAUCCCCAAGGAGGAGGAAUUCAAGCUCAUGUUCGGGAUGCUUUUCUCCCUCCGAUCCUUCGUGAGCAAGAUGAGCCCCACGGACAUGCGGGACGGGUUCCUGUCCUUCCACACCUCCCGGUACCGGCUCCAUUACUACGAGACCCCGAGCGGGCUGCGCCUGGUGCUCAACACGGACCUGGGCGUGAGCAGCGCCCGCGAGGCCCUGCAGCACAUCUACAGCAACCUGUUCGUGGAGCUGGUGGUGAAGAACCCGCUGUGCCCCCCCCGCGCCCCGGUGCAGAGUGAGCUCUUCCGGGCCCGCCUCGACGCCUUCAUCCGGGGCCUGCCCUUCUUCGCGCCGCGCCCCGCCUGAGCUCACAGCGCCCCCUGCUGGCCCGGCG